UCCUAGAGAGACUGGCAAUGACUUAGUUUCCUGAGUGAUUCUGGGUGCUGACCAGAUGUGGAAACCCAAGCUCAGAGAAGGAUUUCAAACUAAUGUGACUUGAAUCCAGGUGUGGCUUCCCAGUACACUUGGGUCUUCUCUGCUCUGCCCAGGAGAGUUGGUGUACGAGAUAUGCACAAUCAGUUCUGACCCGCCAAGUUAGAUGGAGUGAUAUGUGUGCUAGGUGUGCAUGUGUGUGCACUGGUAUGGAAAACAGUGUGGACGCUCAUGUGUGGACCUGUGUGGGCACAGCAGAGCAGAGUGACAUCCGUGUACUAGGGUGGCAUUGCAGAGAAAUAAUGUUUUCUUAUGCUGGGCAAGACUUGAGGUUUUACAAGGGUCUGUAUCAGUACUUGCAACAGCAGAACAAAAAACAGAGGCUCGAGUGAGGGAACUGAGGGCUCCAUGCCAGCGUGCCUAGAGGCUUCCCUGCCAACUGCCACCCUCUGUGUUCCUUAGUCCUCCUGUCUCAAUCAAUACUGGCCAUAGUCUCCUUGUACCCCAGCCUGUGUGUGUCUCUCUCCCCAACGCCAUGUGGCUGUACCUGGCGGCCCUGGUGGGCCUGUACUACCUUGUGCGCUGGUACCGGGAGAGGCAGGUGGUGAGCCACCUCCGAGACAAGUACGUCUUCAUCACGGGCUGUGGCUCUGGCUUCGGGAACCUGCUGGCCAGACAGCUGGACAUGCGCGGCUUGAGGGUGCUGGCUGCGUGUAGGACAGAGAAGGCGGCCGAGCAGCUGAGGGCCCAGGCGUCAGACAGGCUGGAGACGGUGACUCUGGACAUCACCAAGACAGACAGCAUCACUGCAGCCACCCAGUGGGUGAAGGAACGCGUGGGAGACAGAGGACUCUGGGGCCUGGUAAAUAACGCUGGGAUCUACAGAGGGUCAGGCCACAAUGAGUGGCUGACCAAACAAGACUUCGUGACCAUACUGGACGUGAACCUGCUGGGGAUGAUCGAGGUGACUCUGAGCCUGCUGCCCUUAGUGAGGAAGGCGAGAGGCCGGGUGGUCAACGUCUCCAGCAUCGGGGGUAGAUUGUCUCUAACACCUGGGGGCUACUGCAUCUCCAAGUAUGGCGUGGAGGCCUUCUCGGACUCCCUCAGGAGGGAGCUCGCCCCCUUUGGGGUAAAAGUGGCUAUAAUUGAACCUGGUUCCUUCAAGACGAACAUGACCAACACUGAGAGGGUUUUGCUGCACGUUCAGGAGGUGUGGGACCGGGCCCGACCCGAGAUCAAGGAGACCUAUGGCGAGAAGUUUCUGGCAUCCUACCUCAAACGACUAUCUGAACACCUUUUGUCAACAUGCAACGAGAAUCUGUCAGAGGUGACGGACUGCAUGGAACAUGCGCUGACUGCCUGCCAUCCCCGCACCCGCUACUCAGCUGGCUGGGACGCCAAGCUCCUCUACCUCCCCAUGAGCUACAUGCCCACCUUCCUGGUGGAUGCCAUCCUCACCUGGGGCCUCCCAAGGCCAGCCAAAGCCCUGUGAAGCCAGGACUGUGGCACUUGUUU